AUGAACUAUUCUAACUAUUCUGAAAAACAUAAGCGAAGUAUAUCUCCUAUUUUAAAGAAAACUAGUGAAGAUAGUAAGAUGAUUCCUCAUAAUAAAGAAAAUUAUAUCAAACAUCUUGAAUAGUAAUUGGAAAAAGUAGAAGUAUUUAUAUUUAAUAGGCAGCAUCAAUUGAUCAUAAAUUUGAAAAAAGGAUCAGAGGAAUAGAAUAAUCAAUUGAAGAUCAUGAUGAAAAGUUGAAGAAUUUGAUAAAGUUAAUAAAAUUGUUGUAAAAUUUUGCAGAAACAUAAGAAUAUGAAAAUUGUAAGAUUGCUCGAUAUAUAAAUACAAAAAUGGAAGAAUUAUAUCAUAAUGAAUUAAGAAAAAUCAAUCAUCAAUUACAUGAAACUUAAUAUCGAUUAGAGUUAUUGGAAACAAUUUAAUAAAAAGAAUAAUAACCAAUAUAAGAGGAAUUUGAGAAAACUAUCAAUCGUAAAAUCGAAAUCAUGAUGGAUGAAAUUCGAUAGAGUGCUUUAAAAGUAGAUUUUCAUAAAUUGGAACAACGAAUAGCUAAGAUUGAAUCGAAACCUGAUACUUAAAUAAAAAUUUAAGAUACUGAGAGUGAGAAUCAUGAUAAAAGAGUUGAAUAGCAGUUAAGUGAUAUGAGACGGCUUAUGGAGGUGUUACUAAAAGAUCAAGAUAUCUUAAAGAAUAAUGUUCAAAAUUUGCAUAUUGGAUUUAAUUAGUAUAAAGUUCCUGCUAAAACCCAAGUUUAAAAUCAAGUUAGAAAAUCUGUGAUUUAACAACCAGAGGGAGAAUCUAUAAUUUAGCCCAAAGUAUUAGUCAAAGAUGAUCGUAAAACAGGUAGGAAUAAUAAGAAGGAAAAUUCGCAAAGUCGUUCGUAAUCAAAUAAAAAGCUUGGAGAUAAAAUUAAUUUUAAAUUGAAUCGAACUAAAACUAGUAAGCAGAUUUUACACUAAAAGAAAUGA